CUCGUGUAUGCUUCCGUUCCAAGCAUAUCCAAUGUUCUUCCACGAGUGUCUGAUCCGUGGAUUUCUUCGGAAUGCAAAGACUGUCGCAUCGCUCGGAACGCGUCACCCUGCUGCCAGUUCGCGCUCAAUUAACUAUUCCGUGGAUGAUCGUAGAGGCACGACCAUCUGCGCCCUGUCUUCAGGACAUGGAAAAUGCGGCGUGGCGGUGGUAAGAAUAUCAGGAAACCGGUCUAUGGAAGCGUUGAAAAAGAUGACAAACAUAUCAAAAUUGGAACCAAGAAAAGCUUUCUUACGGAAGAUACGCGAUCCUGAAACAAGAGAAGUCAUUGACAAUGGGCUUUGCCUGUGGUUUCCCGGUCCGCACUCGUUCACCGGUGAGGAUUCCGUAGAGUUCCACGUGCACGGCGGACCGGCGAUCCUGACGCGGCUGAUGCAGGCCCUCUCGGAUCUGCAGGUGUAUCCGGCGUUACCGGGCGAAUUUACUCGACGCGCCUUCUACAACAACAAACUGGAUCUGACGGAAGUGGAGGGUCUGGCCGACCUGAUAGAGGCCGAGACCGAAUGCCAGAGGAAGCAGGCGCUGUUGCAGGCCGAUGGUGUCCUGCGCAAGCUGUACGACAGCUGGCGGAAGGUCCUCUCGGAGUCCGUGGCGAGCAUCGAGGCGUACAUCGACUUCGGCGAGGAGGACAACAUCGAGAGCGACGUGGUGCAGAAUGCGCACCACGCUCUCAGGCAGCUGAUGCGGGAUUUGGAGGAGCACCUGGCCGACGGCAGACGCGGCGAGAUUCUACGCAACGGCGUGAGAACGGCGAUCGUCGGUGAGCCCAAUGUGGGCAAGAGCAGCCUGCUGAAUCACCUGGUGCAGCGAAACGCCGCCAUCGUCACGCCCGUUGCCGGCACCACGAGGGACGUGAUCGAGCUGAACGCGAAUAUCUCGGGCUAUCCUGUGCUGAUCGCAGACACCGCCGGCAUCACGGAGGACACCGAGGACAUCGUCGAGGCCGAGGGCGUCCGUCGAGCUAGGAAUUACGCGAAGAACGCCGAUUUCGUCAUCGUCGUGGUGGACGCGGUGAAGUGGACAAUCAGCGGAAUGACAUACAAGGAUUAUAUGCGGGAAUAUUUGUCGUCGCUGCAGAUGCACGAGCUGUUGGCGAACCUAGGAAAGGAGCGUUUCAUUGUGAUAAUGAACAAACGAGAUUUGCUGAAAGAGGAGGAUAAAGAGCGCUUCAAUGAUACCGAAGCGGUUUCCAUAUCUUGCAGGACGGAAGACGGCUUCCAGGACUUGCUGCAAUCGCUAACAGAUCGUUUCGGUAAAAUAUGCGGCAGUCCAUCCGCGGAAAGUCCGACAAUCAGUCAGGCAAGACAUAGGAAUCAUCUGACGCAGUGCUUGAGGCAUUUACAGAAUUACUUCGAGUUGUGCGCGGACGAGCAGCACGACAUGGCCAUAGCGGCGGAGGAGAUUCACAAAGCGUUGCGGGAACUCGGGAGGAUAACGGGACACGUCAGCACUAACGAAAUAUUAGACAUUAUAUUCAAGAAUUUUUGUAUCGGCAAAUAACGACCUGCCUUAGAGACGCCCUUCGCACUUCUUUGCAGGAUAUUCUGUAAAUUUUAAGAUGCGAAAUGUAUAAUUAUAAAUAAUAUUUGUAUUAUAUCUUUACAAGCUAUUUGCAUCCUUUGGUAUUACACAUGCGUGAUAAGCGGGGAAGAUCAUAAUUCUAAAGAUACAACAGUACUUUCCGACUUUGUUAUUCUGGAAGAUUCUGGAAGUGUGUAAAGCGGAAUUCGUAUAUAUAAAUAUAUAACUUACAAAAUUCACGGAUGAAGAAACCUAUUUUUCUUAUCGUUAUUAACUUUGAAAUAGCGCUAGCUAGAGAUAAAUCGUCGCGCCAUAAACAAUCUUCAGCCAGCAAUAUUUUCACAUAGAAAUCGAAGAAACACAAAUUGAAGUUUGCGGUGUCUAUGCGUGACGACAGCGUAGAAUAAAAUGAAUAGGAAAGAGCCUUCAUAAGCAUCGUAUGUUUAUUAACAAUACACGCACAAUCAUACAUAGAACAACCUUUUGCCUGAUUAUAAGAUAUCGAUAGCCCGCGCUAUACAGAUAGGGCUACGUUAUGUGGUUUCAAGUCGUUAUCUGUAUGCCAUGUCCGUGUUAUGUGCUAAUUGUAUCGUUAUUAUGACGUCAUCAUAAUAACUACUCGCUCUCGCAAAAGAAAUAAUUUGACUUAACUUUGUAAGAAAAGCAAAGUAACUCGAUUGAGAAGAAAAAAUAGAA